CUCCACUCCCCUCGCUCCCUUCCCUCCGUCCCCUCGCUCCCUUCCCUCCGUCCCCUCCCCUCCCCCCUCCGUCUCCCAGGCUCCCCCCGGUCAGUUGGUGAGGAUAGUGUCGUUCUGUGGGAAUCAGACAAGGGCCUGUCUGCUUUCACAGAUCAGAUGGACUACAAAGAUGGCCACCUGGUAGCACAGAGGGAAGGGCACUAUUAUGUCUACUCCAAAGUGCACUUCGUUGAAGACUGCUUUCUGUUCAAACACAAGGUGAUAAGGAUCACCGAGGGUUACAAAAACAAACCUCUUGUGUUGAUGAAAUCUAACAGGUUCCAUUGUACUUCCCAGGAUUCCAGACCAAAGAAGAUUUCUCAUCAGAAUCUUCUGAACAGCUACCUGGGCGGAGUCUUCCAUCUGUUGCCUGGAGACAUCAUCUAUGUAACCGUGGACAACGGGACGCUCCUGAGACUUGGAGCUGAAGAUAAUUUCAUGGGGGCAUUCAUGAUUUAGGAGAAGGUGUGUAUUGACACACACUCAUACGCACAUUUGUCAAUCAGAUUCGUGUGUCAGUUAUGUUAUUUCAACGUAUAGAUUCUAACCAAGGUGUGUUAUAGAGAAUCAAACUAGAAAACAGACAAUUGGCUUUUUGAAGGUAUUUUAACCUUGAGGAAACAUCUGCAGCUAUUACCGUGAAUGCCAUCUCGGCAAAUGGCGGGGAAAAUGCCUUUAAAACUUCCAUUGUCGGCUGCCUAGUGUAGUUUUUCUCAAUCUUGGUCCUGGGGACCCAAAGGGGGGCAAAAACAUGCUGAGGAGUUGACUACUUGAAUGAACUGUGGGAGUACUACAAACAACAGCACCCUCAACCAGGACUGAGAAACACUGGGCAACAGCACCACGACCAGGACUGAGAAACAUUGGGCUAGUACUACAAACAACAGCACACACGACCAGGACUGAGAACUAUUGGGCUAGUACUACAAACAACAGCACCACGACGAUGACUGAGAAACACUGGGCAACAGCAUCACGACCAGGACUGAGAAACAUUGGGCUAGUACUACAAACAACAGCACCAUGACCAGGACUGAGAAACAUUGGGCAAGCACUACAAACAACAGCACCCACGACCAGGACUGAGAAACACUGGGCUAGUGCUACAAACAACAGCACCACGACUAGGACUGAGAAACAUUGGGCAACAGCACCACGACCAGGACUGAGAAACACUGGGCAACAGCACCACGACCAGGACUGAGAAACUUUGGGCUAGUACUACAAACAACAGCACCACGACCAGGACUGAGAAACAUUGGGCUAGUACUACAAACAACAGCACCCACGACCAGGACUGAGAAACACUGGGCUAGUGCUACAAACAACAGCACCACGACCAGGACUGAGAAACACUGUGCUAGUGCUACAAACAACAGCACCACUACCAGGACUGAGAAACAUUGGGCAACAGCACCACGACCAGGACUGAGAAACACUGGGCUAGUGCUACAAACAACAGCACCACAACCAGGACUGAGAAACAUUGGGCUAGUGCUACAAACAACAGCAACCACGACCAGGACUGAGAAACAUUGGGCUAGUACUACAAACAACAGCACCACGACCAGGACUGAGAACUAUUGGGCUAGUGCUACAAACAACAGCACCACGACCAGGACUGAGAAACACUUGGCAACAGCACCACGACCAGGACUGAGAAACAUUGGGCUAGUGCUACAAACAACAGCACCACUACCAGGACUGAGAAACACUUGGCAACAGCACCACGACCAGGACUGAGAAACAUUGGGCUAGUGCUACAAACAACAGCUCCACGACCAGGACUGAGAAACAUUGGGCUAGUGCUACAAACAACAGCACCACGACCAGGACUGAGAAACAUUGGGCUAGUGCUACAAACAACAGCACCACGACCAGGACUGAGAAACACUGGGCUAGUGCUACAAGCAACAGCACCACGACCAUGACUGAGAAACACUGGGCAACAGCACCACGACCAGGACUGAGAAACAUUGGGCAACAGCACCACGACCAGGACUGAGAAACACUGGGCUAGUGCUACAAUCAACAGCACCACGACCAGGACUGAGAAACACUUGGCAA